AUGAUCAGACUCUUCAUUAUUAGUGAUUUGAACAGGAAGCAGAAGUGAACUAACGGUACACAGCGGUCUAUCAACAGUUCUGCUGCUGCUGAGGAUUCCUGCUGGUACUGGCGGUGUGUGGGUGGUGCUGCUGGGAAUCAGAAGGUUUAUUGUGGUUCUGAUCUGAUCUGAACCUGGGCUGUCUGAUCUCUACAGAACAGGAACAGAAACAGAAAGUGAGAUGAACAGGAACUGCUGCAGGUUUUAGAGCUGUGUGGGUAUAUACUGGUUAUAUAGCUACUGGUGUAUAUAUUGGACUGGUUUGGUCUGGUUUGGACCCACCAUGAGGACUAUUUGGGUUCUGUACUGGGUGCUUCUGGUACCCGGUGCAUCCACACUUCCUCUUCUCACAAACAGCACAGUGGAGGUUCCGCAGCGGUUCCUCCACAUCGGUGAUGGAUCCUCUCAGGAGUUCGAGUUCCCGGAGAACACGGACGGCGUGAUGGUGAUCUCGAGUCGGUACCGGAGCUCGUGGAGUCGGGCGAGUCGGCAGAGCUGGAGACAGACGGUGAAGGUCCGAUCUCUGGAACCGGACGUCCUCUCCAUCCUGAACGUGAGCGAGAGCGGGCAAGCCGGUUCCUUCAGGAGCUUCAUCAUCAGCAUCCGGUCCGGACUGGCCGGAACCGCACCGCUGCUCAUCCAGCUGCUGGAUGUGGACGGUGAUUUGGAGCCGGUUCUGAUCGAGGAACGGCGCGAUUACUCCAUCCGGGUGGCACCGGGAGAAGAGGGCCUCCAGCGCUUUGCCCAUUUUUCGGAGAACCCGGUGCUGUUCGCCCUGCUGCCGCUCAUCUUCGUGAACAAGUGCGCUUUCGGCUGUAAGGUGGACGUGGAGGUUCUGAAGAGUCUCCUCAGACGCCCGGUUCCUCUGCUGCUGGGGGUAGCGGGUCAGUUCCUGGUGAUGCCGCUCUACGCCUAUGCGGUGUCCCGACUGGCAUCUCUGCCCAAAGCUCUAUCACUGGGACUGGUGAUCUCAUGCUCGGCGCCCGGUGGAGGUGGUGGGUACCUGUACAGCCUCUUACUGGGUGGAGACGUGACCCUCGCCAUCUGCAUGACUUUGGUAUCUACCGUUUGUGCCACAGCAGCCAUGCCCCUCUCUUCAGCGCUGUACGGGCGUCUGCUCGGCGUCCACGCUGCCCUACACGUGCCAUUUGUGAAGAUCCUGGGCACCCUGCUGUUCAUCGCCAUUCCAAUCUCGAUAGGCGUGUGCAUUAAGCUACACCUGCCCGCUCUCACCCAGGUGCUGCUGGCGCUCAUCCGACCAUUCAGCUUUCUCCUCAUCGUGGGUGGAAUCUUCAUGGCGUAUCAGAUGGGCGCCUCCAUCCUGGCUGCAGUGCAGCUCCGUAUCGUGCUCCUGGGCAUCACGGUGCCCGUGAUCGGACUGCUCGUCGGGUACGGUCUGGCACGCCUGGCGGGGCUGCCCUCGGCCCAGAGGAGGACGGUGGGUAUCGAGGUGGGCGUACAGAACAGCCUGCUCGCUUUAGCCGUGAUGCAGCUCUCGUUCCGGCGGGUGGAGGCGGACUACGCCUCUCAGGCGCCCUUCAUCGUGGCGCUCAGCAGUACCAGCGAGAUGCUGCUGCUCGUCCUCGCCCACUUCGCCCACCGACGCCUCUGCCCGCGGCCCAAACCCGAGACGGACAGCUGAGCCUCACGCUGCCUCUCGCACCCGACCAAAGACGCUGAAUCACCCGGAUCCUUAUAAAGAGACGUUUACCAGAGUCUGAUAUUUUUCUACGUUCUGCUUUGUAAAUUUGUACAUUCAGAUGUGUUUACAGCUCUGUGUGUGUGUGUGUGUGUAUAAGUGUGUGUGUGUGUGUGUGUGUGUGUGUGAGAGUGUGUGUUUACUCUAUAUAAUGAGUGUAAUUAGCAGAACAUCUUGCUGCUGAUCUACUCUUCCCACGUUUAUCUGCUCUGUUUUAAUUUUGAUUGCACUUUUAUCACCGUGUGUGUGUGUGUGUGUGUGUUUUGGAUGUUUUGGUUGUUUUGGCUGUUUUGAUGGUUUUGAUGGAUUUGCUGGAUUCCCGGAUUGUAAUGAACUGGGAUCGGUUCUCUCUGGGUGGAACCUGUAAUGUUAAUUACAGCCGAGAGUGGAACCGGUUCUUCCUCUGACGUGACAGUGAGAGCUUCAUCAUCACAUAAAGCCACCGAACUUACAAACAGAAACUAAAUGAUUUAGAUUUAAAAACACAGAUAAAUAAAUUUGGUGCUUUUAACUUUCAAGUGUUUACAGUAAAUGAGAAAAACAAACCGUUUAUCUGACCGAACCAGCCUCAGUUCUUCAGGGUAUCGAGGGUUCUGCUGACAGACUUUUAGUUUGCGUUGGGAUUUUGGUCUAGAGAUUAGUGCUGCUCCUGUCCGGGGACGAUUUGUGGUUCUAUGAAGGUUCCACCUGUGAUAAACCUGUGUAACCUGUGAUAUAACUGAAGCUGCUCUCUGAUUGGCUGACAGGUGAUUAGAGGUGAGGUGUAAGUUUAGAUCUGGAGAUUGUUUACACAGAGCUGAAUCAGCACAACAAAAACACCAGAAUAAUAAUACAUUCUUAUUAUAUAUUAUUAUUAAUGAUUAAUGUUUGAGUGGUGUGUGUGUGUGUGUGUUGGAUCAGGACACCUCAUGGUGUUUAUAUAACGAGAUUUUAUCUUAAAUUAAAUUGUAUCUUCAGGACUGUAAGGAACCACGAGGAGAAACGGAAUGAAACAGUUCUGUUGUUUUUUUUGGUGUUUUUUCCCCUCUUUGUACCCAGUUUGGAUAUACUCAGUUCCCCUGUGCAGCGUACAGAGGUCGCCACAGUGCCUUCUCUGGGUGAGGAGGUCACGGGCCAGUACACGCCCCUCCUCUGACAUGUGAUUUAGAGAGUCUCAGCGCGUACAGAGGACCGGUCUACACUCUCCAUGUUCUCCACCAGACCAUCCGCUCCUCAGACAUGCCACCGAGACUUGAACUAGAGAGUCGAGGUUGUGUGGUGGUGGGUUCGUCUAUCAGAGCGCUGCGCCACACCCGUUUCUGAUGGUGAAGUUAGAAUGUAUAGAACGCUGAUGUAUGGAACAUUAAUGUAUACAACACUGAUGUAUAGAACGCUGACGUGUGUAACACCAUGACAGGUCCGCGGUUCUCAGCCUUGUGCACAGAGUACAUUUUUACAGAACUGUUUAUAUGAAGUUCUCGGCAGAUAAAAGAAUCUAUAUUUUUAUCAUUUCAUAAUGUUAUUAUUUGAUGCUCUUUAUUUCUGUGGAGCUUAUUCACAUGAGAAAAUGAUCUGAAUAAAAUCGUUUCCUCUUUA